AUGGACAUCAACGACCCACCAAAGAAUUCUGAUUACACAAGCGGUAGAAUCAGGUUCGAGCCACCUCCAAACGAAGGCUUCUGGGAAACUGCUGUUCAUGUCGUUCCUCACCCUGACCCAAGACGAAAGUCGGAGCCUGUCGAGAUUUAUGUUCGCCUAGACAAACGCGUGCCGGAAGGCUUCACCAGGAGCCCGGUGUGUAAAGAUCGCCGUCAUCCCACUGUGACAACGCUGUAUCCAAUGGCCCUUGAGUUUGGGACCAUGUUGGAAGAAAACUCGAUGAAGAUCUUGAAAUCAAUAAUCGGUCCAGUCGGUGAAGGGAAAUUGAAGCUUACGAUUAAUUUGAACCGCCGCGAAAUGACGGUGUUCUUUCCCAUGGAGAUCGCAAACCGGGGCGGAAGAGGUGUUAGGCAGCACAAAGUUGUCAUUGACUUUUCGGCCAUGAAGAAUAUCUACCAAUCGACAACAGACGGCGAAAGCUGUGCUAUUAUGCUUCCCCUGGAGGUACCUCCUCGAUACUAUUGGAGGACACCCGACAUACGCUCUAUUCUGUCCGAUGAAGUCAAGACUUGGUACGCCGGGGACAGCUGGAAUCGAGCCACGGACAUCGUUGAAGGGGCUAGCCUGCCUAUGCAAUACCCUAUCGCUUUGAACAACGACUUCGACGGUUCUAAUUUUAUCGACAUUGGUCGCUGGACCACUCUUAGAUUUGUACUUGAUGGAAAAACCGAAGAAGCCAAUGACCUCAACCGCCAACUAGUCAGCGUGUUGCACGAUUUCAACAUUACCACCAUAGUUCGGAAUGAUUUUCAAGCCGCUCAUGGAACACAUGGGGAAAUGUGGAAGUACUUGGAUCAUGAUGCAUCUGUCAAAGGCCAUAACGCAAGCCAGGCGCUGAGCCUGUUUUACGAGGAUUCGUUUGUUUACCUCCCUUUCGAAGUCCGGUAUCAACUUGAAGUUUGUAUCUCUCAGAGACAGCUUAACGAACACAAGAUUACCAAGGAGUUUCUAGACAAGCUGGCUAGUAUGCCACCACAUAUAGCCAAAGAGUACCUCGAGUUUGCAGCCGCGCGAGUACCGAAGGAUGGCCACCCAAUGACGACGGACCCUAUGUCUAUCUUUGAUUCCCAGCGCGACAGCGGAGAUAACUACAAAUCAAUUUCGCGAAUUCCUCAAUACUGUGGUCUUGUCCGGAGGGCUAUAAUCACCCCAACUACGAUCCGGUACUCUACUCCCAAUGUUGAGGUGUCGAACCGAGUUAUGCGUCGAUACAGAAAUAUCCAGGAUCGUUUUCUCAGGAUACAGUUCACCGAAGAGAUGGAGAAAAAGGGGAUCGCAGUGAACAAGGACCAAAACGACGAGAUCUACAAGAAGGUUCUGCGUACCAUGUAUAAGGGUAUUCGUAUCGGCGACCGCCUGUAUGAAUUCCUUGCAUUCGGUAAUUCGCAGCUCAGAGCGAACGGUGCAUACUUCUUCUGCCGUACAGAAUAUGUCUCUUGUGACGAUAUACGCCAGUGGAUGGGCCAGUUCAGUCACAUAAAGGUCGUGGCAAAAUAUGCUGCCCGACUUGGACAAUGUUUUUCCACUACUCGUGAUGUUCGUGGCAUUUCCUCUCCAAAUACUCUUCAGAUACCCGACAUCGACAGAAAUGGCUACUGCUUCACAGACGGUGUUGGAAAGAUAUCUAUAUUCCUUGCCAAACUGGUGAGCGAAGACAUGGCUUUAGACGUUUGUGCCGACCCCUCCGCCUUUCAAUUUCGCAUGGGGGGCUGCAAAGGUGUACUUGCUAUUUGGCCCAAAGACGCCAAAGGUACGGAGGUACACAUUCGCGAGUCACAGAAGAAGUUCGAGUCCAACUCUAAGGGUCUCGAGAUCAUCCGCUGGGCUAGGUAUUCGACAGCGACAUUGAAUCAACAAACUAUCCCGAUUCUGGAAUGCCUUGGCGUGCCUAUUCAGUCAUUUACAACUUUGCUUGAUCAGCAGCUAAGGCAGUAUGAAUUGGCUAUGAAGGACAACAACGUCGCAAUUGAGAUGUUGGAGAGAUUUCGUGAUGAUCAGCAGAGUCACUCAUGCCUUGCCGACCUUCUUAAGGCGGACUUCAAGACUGAAACCCUCCAAGAGCCAUUUGUUGUCAAUGUCGUCAACCUUUGGCGGUCAUGGUCUAUUAAGGCCUUGAAAGAGAAAGCCCGCAUUCAUAUGCAGAACAGUGCCUUUGUACUCGGCUGUGUUGAUGAGACAGGCACUCUCCGAGGACAUUCUCUUGAUACAGAGGGAUCCAAAGAAAAAGACGUCGGCCGGCUACCGCAAAUCUUCCUCCAGAUCAGCGACCCAAAAAAAUAUAACACGACCUACAUCAUUCAAGGAGUAUGUAUCGUGGGACGCAAUCCAUCGCUCCAUCCGGGAGACAUUCGUGUUGUCGAAGCAGUAGAUUGCAAAGCACUACAUCACCUCAAGGAUGUCGUUGUGUUCCCAUCGACCGGAGAUCGACCUGUGCCGAACAUGCUGUCUGGUGGCGAUCUUGACGGAGACGACUUUUUUGUCAUAUGGGAGAAAAGCUUGAUACCCCGUGAGUGGAAUUACCCGCCGAUGAACUACUCUCCCCCCAAACCCACGGAGCUAGAACGUGAUGUCAAUGUCGACGAUCUCAGAAACUUCUUUGUCAAAUACCUAAAGAACGACAAACUCCCACUCAUUGCAAUAUCCCAUCGAGCAUUUGCAGAUAAACUAGGCCCAAAAUCACCAGAGUGUCUCGAGCUUGCAGAGUUACACUCCAAAGCCGUGGACUACCCUAAAACUGGUGAGCCGGCGACUUUACGACGCGAUCAACAGCAUCGCACAUGGCCUCAUUUCAUGGAGAAGAACAAUUCAUAUCGCUCCAGGAAAGCCCUCGGGGUUAUUUAUGACAAGGUCGUUCAUAAGACAGUCGAUUUCAACCCUGUCUGGGAUAGCCCGUUCGACAAGCGCAUCAUCAAAAGGUUCGAACUUGACAACGAGACUCUCAAAGCAGCAAGGAAGAUCAAGACCGAGUACGAUGCAGCUGUGCGCCGAAUUUUAAGCCAGAAUGCUCUGAAGACUGAGUUCGAGCUCUUUACUAGCUUUCCCUUGACCAAGCCUCCGGUUGGUUCGGACUUCAAGUUUGCAGAGGAUCUCAGCUGCGAGUUUCGCAGCCUUAGAGAACAUUACCAAGACAUGUGCAUCGAGGCCGCGGGCGGAAAAGAUGCCGAGAAUCUUGAGCCAUUUGUCGCAGCCAUGUACACCAUCACUGAGGAGCAAAUCAAAACUGCACUAUUUGAACAUGACCGAGGACCAAUCAACGAUGCAGGAACCAUUGUGCAGCCUCGGAAACUCGAGCCAAAGUCCAUGCCGCUUAUUAGCUUUCCCUGGAUUUUCCAUGGGGUGAUGUGUCGCAUUGCAACUGAUGGCGUUGUUGAUCCUAGGGCCAACUUAGGCACACACAAAGCGACUCGACAGUCUUUCACUCGCGAUAACAUGGCACCUAGGAACAUCAGCCCAGUGGCGGGUAAAGUCCAAUCAAUGAAUGUCGGAUCGGUCUCAGAGGAGGUCGGUUCCAUGGAAGGUGGAAAGGACACAGCUGAUGGAGAAAAAGAACUUUCUGGAAAAGACGGCGUUCUUGAGGAGCACGUAAGUGACAGUGCCUCAGAUUCGGUCGACUCGGAGAAGGAUGAGAAAUUGGAAGAAGACGAUGCCAUCGAUCGUUUGAACGAUUUAAUUGAUGGGUAG